AUGGACGACUUUGGCGGCCGCACAGACGACGAUCUCUUCGCCGACGACUUUGAGCCCGUCAGCGAGCCCGUUAGCACGCUUGUCGUCGAGCCGCAACCACAGACUACCACCAACACAACUCCAGCUCCAGUUCCUGCUCCCGUGCCCCUAGUCGAAAACCAACCCAGUGCUCCAGCUCCGUCAAAGCCCACGCAGCCUGCUACUGUUCCGAUCGCUCCCAAAUCUCUAGCCCAGUCGCGCCACGCGCCGACGAAGCCCGCGCAUCAGCCCCGGCCGCGCAAACACUCGCCGAAACCCCCCAAGCAACCCGCACCAUUUACCACACCCGCCGCCGAAUCGACAGCAGCCGCCACUGAAGAGGAUGGCGACACAUCCUACACAGGAGCGCCUACGCAAGCCACAACAGGCCCCUCCGCCACCUCCUCCGCCCCAACCAAGCCCAGCGGGCGGCACUCGUCAAACACAGCCUCGGGCGACCGAACAGGUUCCGGCUCGAACCCGCGCACCAAGCUGACGGAGACGGAGCUCGCGGCCAAGAUGGAGCAGAUGCGGAUCCUGUCGGCGGAAAAGACGCGGCGGUUCGAGCAGGCGGAGCGCGACAGCCGGUCGCACGCGCUGGCGUACGAGAAGGGCAUGGAGGACGCGCGGAAACGACGGGCCGAAGAAGCAGAACGCCGCAAGCGCGGCGACGAGGAGAGGCGGCGCAUGGACGACGAGCGCGAGCGGAACCGCGAGCGUAAACUGAAAGCCAUGGGCGCCAAGGACGGCGGCAGCUGGGACGAGGGCAAGAAUGUCGAGGAGGAGCGGGAUUAUGGCUAUAGCCAGAGCUUCAAGAGCGCUAAUGGGGGUGUGAGGGGGUCGAGGACCGGGAUGGGUAUGGCGGGGAGUCGCUUUGCUGAGAGGAAUGAUGCGCCGCCGCCCCAAAGAGAAUUCGCUGCGGAUGAGUUCAGGGGUAGAGGUCGUGGACGGGGACGGGGGACCACGAGAGGUGGACGGGGCGGUAGAGGGGGCUCGUUCGGGGAUGGGGAGAGAGGUUCACGAGGCGACCAGAACGGGUCGUCCCAUCAACAGCAUACCCAAGUCCCACCGAAGCCCGACGAUUUCCCUGCUCUAUCUGGUUCUGACACCAUCAACGUGGACACGACGACGAACAAGCCCUCUGAGCUGCCGAAGCUACCUUCGCUUUCGGGUCCUAAUUCGCCGUUAGGGAAGUGGGACGAUGAGAUGGCUGCGCUGGAUGCCAAGGCCUCCGGUACAUAG